GACUUUCCGGCUUGGCUGGGCUGGCCCGAGCUGCUUGCAGCGGGCCCUCCCCUGUUAUUUCCUGGCUCCUUUCCGGAGUGCCCGGGGGCCGGCCGGAGCCGUACCGGGACCCGGAGCUGCGGCGGCGGCGGCGGCGGCGGCGGCAGCGGCGGCGGCGGCGACGAUCGUGACCGCGACGGCAGCGGCGACAGUCCCCCGGGCCAUGGCGUCCCCGUCCAGGAGGCUGCAGACCAAGCCGGUCAUCACAUGCCUCAAGAGCGUGUUGCUCACCUACACCUUCAUCUUUUGGUUCACAGGUGUGAUCCUCCUUACAGUUGGCAUAUGGGGCAAGGUAAGCCUGGAGGUGUAUUUCUCCCUCUUAAAUGAGAAGGCCACCAAUGUCCCUUUUGUUCUCAUUGGCACCGGAACCGUCAUUAUCCUCUUGGGCACCUUCGGCUAUUUCGCUACCUGCCGGGCUUCAGCUUGGAUGCUGAAACUGUAUGCCAUGUUCCUGUCUCUUAUUUUCUUGGUGGAACUGGUGGCUGCUAUUGUAGGAUUUGUUUUUAGGCAUGAGAUUAAGAACAGCUUUAAGAUGAAUUAUGAGGCUUCCUUGAAGCAGUACAAUGAUACCGACAUUCAAAGGAGUGAGGCAGUGGAUACCAUCCAGAGAACUUUGCACUGCUGUGGGGUCCAGAGUGCCACCGACUGGGAAACUACUGCCUACUAUGCAGAGAAAGGCUUUCCCUGGAGCUGCUGCAGGUUUCACAGCUGUACUUGGACUGACAGAAAGGAUCUGAAGAAGCAGAGUCAGGAGGGCUGUUUUGUAAAAGUGAUAACUGUUAUGCGAUCGGAAUUGGGCGUUGUAGCAGGCAUUUCUUUUGGGGUUGCUUGUUUUCAGUUAAUUGGUAUAUUUUUGGCCUGUUGUCUCUCCCGUUCCAUCACAAAUAACCAAUACGAGAUCGUGUAGACUGGUGGCUGACAGUCCAUACCUCUCUGGUCAAGCUUUAGGACAUUAUUCUCAGCUCCCUUCCCGGAAAAUCCUUCAUGGCCUUCAACAUGCAAAGUGCUGAAAAAUUGUAUGAACCGACUGAUCUGAUCAAGACCUGGCAGUUAUGAGUUCUCCGCCACUCGCCUCCCCCAACUCAGUUUUUCAAGGCUGGGGAAACAUCAAAAGUCAUGUUAAGUUAACACAGUGUAUAU